GUUCGUUGGGUGCCAGGGCAUUCAGAAGUACAUGGAAAUGAGCAAGUAGACGCACAGGCGAAGAGAGCGGCCGAAGGAAGACACAACAACAGCCCAGUGGGGUCCCUUCCCAAUUACCUGCGGCUAGGAAAUCUUCCACUGAGCGUGUCAGCGCUCAAGGCCGCACACAGCAAACUCACGCAAGCUCGCUGGGAGAGAAUCUGGCGUAGAUCACCCCGCUACACACACAUGAACCGCAUAGACCCCAAGCUUCUCCAACGUUCAUUU